GGAGCCUGCAGAUAAGCGACAGCAUCACGUGCCCAGCUCCCACAUCUGUGAAACAUGCAGACAUCCGGGUCAAGAGUUACAACCUCAACUCCAGGGAGCGGUAUGUUUGUAACUCUGGCUUCAAGCGUAAAGCCGGGACCUCCAGCCUGACCGAGUGCGUGUUUAACAAGACUCUGAACCUCGCCCACUGGACCACUCCCAAUCUCAAGUGCAUCAGAGACGCCUCCCUGACUCACCAAAGGCCACCCUCCACAGCAGCACCAACAGGGGUGACCCCAGAGCCAGACAGCCCCAACCCUUCUGGAAAAGAGCCAGCUUUUACUUCCAAGUCAGACACCACAGUGGCCACAAGGCUGGCUAGUGGACCAGGCUCCAGGCUGAUGCCAUCCAAAGCUCCUUCUGCGGGGACCACAAGGGUAAUCAAUAAUGAGCCCUCCCAAGUCCCAGCUCAGACAACAGCCAAGGCUCCGGAACACACCCCCUCGGCCUCGCAGGACCCGCCCGGUGCAUAUCAGUACAAUCCCAGAGCUGUGACUGCGGCCAUCUCCACGUCGGUCACCGUGCUCUGUGGAGUGUGUGUGGUAUGUCUUCUGGUACAUUACGUACGUUACAUAAGGUCAAGGUGAGUAGACAGACGACUCACACCGCACAAGAUGCUUCCUCCCCCAAGAAAAGGGCUGCAUCCGGAUGACCCCGGGCCUGCCCUGUCCAAGGGAAGACCCCCUUUCCUGGCUGCAGACGCACGCACUUCCAUGCGCCCCGUCUGUGUUCGCCAAAAGGAGUGUCGAGGCUGAGCGGUCACUGAGUCGGGCCUGUGCCCUUCACUUUCCAAAGCAGCCCGCAGGCCACUGGUCAGAACCGGGCAGCCAGAAGCCAACAGAUGACAUGGGCCAAUUCACCGAAAGCCGAUUCAGAAGGAAAGAAGGUUCCAAAUAACCAAUCUGAUUGAUCU